UGCUACAAACCCUAACUGGGCCACUCCCCACAUUAAAUUCACCACCUCACUUCUUCGCAUAUCAUCCAUUUUUCUCUUCUUCCCUCUCUCACCACAUUUUCAUAUAACCACUUGCAAACUAGGGCUAAAGCUACACCCUAGAGUUUCCCUUCUUUUGUGCUUCCCUUAUAUAUAUGUUUUAUAUUUUAUCCUCAAAUUCAAAUAAAACACCAAAACUGAUCCUUGUUUGGCCAUUGCCUCUGUAUGUACCAUUGGUUUGAAAUAUUUGAGAGAGAGAAAAAUAAAAUAAAAUUGGAGAUAUGGGGCAUCAUUCUUGCUGCAACAAGCAGAAGGUCAAAAGAGGGCUUUGGUCACCUGAAGAAGAUGAAAAACUCAUCAACUACAUCACAACUUAUGGACAUGGUUGCUGGAGCUCAGUUCCAAAACUUGCGGGCUUGCAGAGGUGUGGAAAGAGUUGCAGAUUAAGAUGGAUAAAUUAUCUAAGACCUGAUUUGAAACGAGGAAGCUUCUCUCCUCAAGAAGCAGCACUCAUUAUAGAGCUUCAUAGUAUUCUAGGCAACAGGUGGGCUCAGAUAGCGAAGCACCUACCUGGAAGAACAGAUAAUGAGGUGAAGAACUUUUGGAAUUCAAGCAUAAAGAAGAAGCUGCUUUCUCAUGAUGUUGUUCCUUCUUUAGCCACAUUUUCUGAUAUUCACGGUCCUCCCAAUGGUUCCAUGGAAAGUUUCUUCCCUUUAACUGACACCAACCCUAUCCUAAACUCCCAUCAUCACUUAGACCAACUAUACCUUCCCAUCAUCCCUCCCCCAAUCUUGCAAGGCUUUGAUCAUGACAAUGAUAUCAAGAUUGACAUAAACAAUUACAAUACUAAUGCCAAUUUCCUACAUUUUCAGAAUCCAAUGCCAGAAACAGUGCCGCCAUCUAAUAAUAUCCCAUCUUUGUUUGAAGAUACAUGGUCCUUGGGCUGUGUACCAAUUCACCUUAAUCCAAAUCAAGAAAAUCAAAUAAUGAUCACAAAAAGUGACACCACCCCACACUUGAUUGUUGAGAAAUUCAUCAAUCCAAGUACAUGGCAGCACUCUUUGGAACCCCCCAUUGUGCCAAAAGUUUGUGAGAGCAUUGAGGAUUAUGUCUGUAGCAUCCCAUUUUCUUCUUCUGAUAAUAAUUCACAAGAACAUGAUCCGGAAGCUGUUGCGUGUUACACACCUAGUAUUUGUCCACAAGAUCAAACCGUGGCACCAAAUCAAGUGGAGUACAUUGAUGCCAUCAUCAUGUCAUCGUUGCCAUCCUCAACAACAUCAUCUUCAUCAGUAUCAUUCUACCAAGCAGACAAAUAGUCACAAAACCUAUCAAUAUUCCUUCAAGUUUGCUGUCAAGAUGAGCAUUGGUUACUAUCAUAUAAUAGGUUAAUUUUAUGUAUAUAUAAUUGAGUAGGUUGUGAUGAGCUCAAUUAAUAUUUCAUGCAUUUUAAAACAUGCAUUUAAUUUUCUCUGGAUUUUUCAAAUAAAGAGGGUGAUGAGUAGAUCAAUCUCAUAUCGGCAAACCUGAGCCUUGCUAGUUAUGGCUCUUCCAUUAAACCAUGUUUGUUCAAGUUACAUAAAUAUGUCUAGGUUCUUAUUUCUUUCACAUGUUUGUUGUCAACUAAAAGUACGUAUCCGUGUAUGUAUGAUUAUUUCUCUUGAGAAGUGCUGUGUAUGUUGUAUAACAAUCAUAUGCAUAGUUUUGCACUUUAA